AUGGAAGUACCUGCUAGUUCAUUUCCAGAAGAGACUUCAUUUGUUAUUGAUGACGUAUCGAAUAUCAUAAAAGAAACUAUUGAACGUAUUAUCGGCGGAAAUUCAUAUCAACAUAAUAAAGUAAAUAGAUGGACGGCAGAUAUUGUUGAUCAUGUUCUUACUGAACUCACAAAAUUAGGAAAACCAUUUAAAUAUAUUGUACAAGCUGUUAUUAUGCAAAAGAAUGGAGCAGGUUUACAUACGGCGAGUAGUUGUUAUUGGGAUAAUACAACGGAUGGUUCUUGUACAGUUAGGUAA